CUAAACCCUAAUUCCUUUAUUUUGGAGAAGACUAUAAAAACCGAUUUCUCUCACAUUCCUCUUCUCUUUCGACUUCCCUGGCGGCGCAUUCAGAGAUUCAAACUCAGAGAAAAUGGUGGCGACAGGCUUAUUCGUGGGGCUAAACAAAGGACAUGUUGUUACCAAACGCGAGCAACCUCCUCGCCCUAACAACAGAAAAGGGAAAACAAGCAAAAGGACUCUUUUUAUCAGGAGUCUCAUCAAGGAAGUUGCGGGUCAAGCUCCCUAUGAGAAGAGGAUCACUGAGCUUUUGAAGGUUGGUAAAGACAAGAGAGCUCUUAAAGUUGCCAAGAGAAAGUUGGGAACUCACAAGAGAGCUAAGAGAAAGAGAGAGGAGAUGUCUAGUGUUCUCCGCAAGAUGAGGUCUGGUGGUGGUGGUGCAUCCGAGAAGAAGAAGUGAUGCAGUGACUCUGGUUCAGCGCUCUGUUUCUUCGAAAAACCAGUUUUCUGUUUUUAGUACUUUGCCUUAUGUUUCCGUUGGAUAUUUUGUAGCAGAGAUUAUUAAAUGUUGAAACGAAACCAUUAUGACUUAUGAGCAACUUGUCUACCGGUGUGGCUACGUCUGGUCCUACUUGGAGAUUUCAAAUAUUCGUUACAAUGAUCA